UUCUGCCGAGAAUUCGCUCUCACGCUACUCGACUUAGCGCGUUCCUUAGCGAUUUCCUCAUUUUAUUCGUCUUUGAAUACUUUUCGAUCUUCGCCGAUUAUCUUCCAAGUAUAAUAGCAAUCGAUCGUAAAUUUAAUUAACGUGAAUAGUUCGAUGUGUAUGUUUUCUUCUGAUCUUUUAUUCUUUUUUGUUUUUUUCUUUUUUGCAAUUAGAAGAGAAAGGUGAAAUUUUAAUAGAAAUUUCUUAAAAAUACGUUUUUAUUAUUCGUGUCACGACAAUUAUUCGAUUAUGAUUUUUUCUAUCUUUCGUAAAAUAUUAAUUCGAAAUUCGGUAUUGUUGUGAUCGAUGAAAAUAUGCACUUCGAUAAUAUAAAUGGCCAGAAAGCGUGAGAUAUGCGUUAUUGCUAUUUAAAGGUGAUUACUAUGCAACAUUGUGCCUAUCUCGCAAGAAGUAGUGCCAAGCCUCUGACAUAAGUUUAUAGAGCGAGUGGUUACCUAAGCUCUGAUAACCGAGCAUAAAAGACAUAUUACGAUGGUCGACUACUACAGGAUUCUCGAAGUACAACGGACUGCUACUAGCAAUGAUAUAAAAAAAGCAUACAGAAAAUUAGCAUUGAAAUGGCAUCCAGACAAAAAUCCCGAAAAUUUGGACGAAGCGAAUAAGAGGUUCAAGGAAAUAUCUGAGGCAUAUGAAGUAUUGAUAGACGAUACGAAGAGACGAACCUACGACCAGCGAUUGUAUCAGAAGGCAUCCUCGAGGCCAGGCCGUGGAUUCACCUCUCGGAGUUACUUUGACUCUCCCUUUCAACGAUACUUUGAAAAGAAAAGGCGUGUUUACGAUCAAUAUGGAAAGGAGGGUCUACAGAUGAACGGUGGCAAAAGACGUCAUGAAAGUGACUUCAGGCCAUUGUUUACUACCUUCGUCUUUAGGGAUCCGGAGGAGGUCUUUAAAGAAUUCUUUUCCAAUUCGCCCUUCGAUGAUCCUUUUGCUGGCAUGUUUGGGCCGGGUGUGCGACGUGGACCUGGUAGAAAUGGUUCUAACAACAGUUUAAGCACGUCGUUAUUUGGACGUCUCGGUUUUCGUUCGCCAUUCGAUCAGAUAUUGCAAGGUUCGGCGGAUUGCAAUUUCACUUCGUUCAGCACGUUUCCUGGUUUCGAUGGCACGACAGGUGGCAGUAGGGCAGCAAUUAAAAGGACCAGCACAUCUACACGUUUCAUCAAUGGAAAAAAGAUCACCACCAAAAAGAUAUACGAAGACGGGGAGGAAACCAUAAUGUCAUACGAGAACGACGUCCUAAAAUCCAAGACGGUGAACGGAGUACCACAGUCAAUAACGUUCGAGGAAGUAUCGACAAGUGGUCAGGUUGCUGAGGGGAUCGAUGAUGUUACCGUGAUUAGCCAGACCGUAAAAAUGCAUCAUGGUGAUUAUCCGAAGGGUAGCAGAAGCAAAACCCAUCAUCACCCACAUGUCAAGAAGGUGGAUAAGAGUAAGAGAAAGUAAAGAGACGCGCAUCGCCAUUUCUCUGCGCUUUACGUUCCUUUCUUCAAAUAAUUAUUAACGAUCGAUUGGGUUGCGGUACGAUGGACUUGAUGUAAAUUUUUCUUUUUUAUCACUAUUAUUAUUAUUAAUAUUAUUAAUAUUAUUAUAAUUAUAAUUAUUAUAUAUUAUUAUUAUUAUUAUUACUAUUAUUAUUAAUAUUAUUAUUAUUAUUAUUAUUAUUAUUAUUAUUAUUAUUAUUAUUAUUAUUAUUAUUAUUAUUAUUUACUACGGCAUCGCGUCUGUUGUCGCUUAACGAAGGGAAAGUUCCACGUAAUUAAUAUAACGGAUGUAUAUCUGAUUUAAUAAUCGUAUCUUGUGAGAGUGAUGUUCGGUGAGAAAAAGAAAAAAUAAUCGUUAUGGAUUUAGAUAUCUAUACGAUUGGAAGAAAAUAAUAAAAUUAAUGUCGAGAUUA